AUGAAUGUGGUGGCAGAGAUCCAGCGUCUGAAUGAGCGUGAGCUGGAGCUAAAUGUGCCACUUUCUGGUUCCUGGCACCAGAAAUACCGGACAUCAGCAUGGAUUUUCAUUGGUGGACUGCCUUUUGAGCUCUCUGAAGGCGACGUACUGUGUGUGUUGAGUCAAUUUGGAGAAAUUGAGGAUAUUCAUUUGGUUCGUGAUGGAAAAACGGGUAAAUCCAAAGGGUUUUCGUUUAUUAAGUAUGAGGAUCAACGCAGUACUAUUUUGGCAGUGGACAAUUUAAAUGGGUCAAAGCUUUUGGAUCGUGUGUUGAGAGUGGACCACGUGCUUAAGUAUAAGUUGCCAAAAGAAUUACAGGAAGACAGUGACUCAGAGGAUGAAGAAAUAGACAAAGCGAGACGACCGAGAGGAUUACCGGGUCAUGCCUAUGAGGGCAAAGAAUUGGCUACCAAAUUUGAUUUACAGAAAGGGGUGGAGGUAUUUGCAGCUCCCAAGGAGACAUCGAAGGAAAAGAACAAGAGGAAAAAAGAAUUCAAGAAGAAGAAAAAAGAGGUCAAGAAAUUGAAAAAGAUUGAACAAAAACAGCAGCAGAUUUUUGAACAGGUGCAAAAGAGAAGACAGGAAUUAAAAUUGAAGGAAGAGAGAGAAGCAGUGCAAGGAGACGAGAUGGAUGUCGGGGCACCAUCCAGUGCGACGGGAUGGAGAGGGAGAUUGGAACCUUCUGCACCACGACCAAGACAUAAUGGUGAUAGAAAACAGCACAAUGAGGGACGAAAGACACAGCAAGACAAGAGUUACGGGGGCAUGCGUCGCAUACGCUGA